CCACAGCCAACAGUUUCCUCCGGGUUACCACAGAGCGAGCAAUCAAUCCGAGUUUAUUCCUCUCAGAAAGCAAAACCAAAACCGUUUCCAGCAUGAAGAACGCGAUUGCCAUUCUGCUGUGCGCCCUGCUGGGUCUGGCCUCCGCCGCCGAGUACAAGCUCCGCACCGCGGAGGAUCUGCAGAACGCGCGCAAGGAGUGCGCCGCCACCAGCAAGGUGACCGAGGCCCUGAUCGCCAAGUACAAGACCUUCGACUAUCCCGAUGACGACAUCACCCGCAACUACAUCCAGUGCAUCUUUGUGAAGUUCGAUUUGUUCGACGAGACCAAGGGCUUCAAGGUGGACAACCUGGUGGCGCAACUUGGCCAGGGCAAGGAGGACAAGGCCGCGCUGAAGGCCGACAUCGAGAAGUGCGCCGAUAAGAACGAGCAGAAGUCGCCGGCCAACGCCUGGGCCUUCCGCGGCUUCAAGUGCUUCCUGGGCAAGAACCUGCCCCUCGUGCAGGCCGCCGUCCAGAAGAACUAGGGAGUGCAGCUCCAUCAGCAGCUCACGUCAAUUCUAGAGGCGCAAGCGCAAGAACAAACCGCCAGCGAAACGGGCGGCACUUUUGAGUCGAAAUCCGCUCAGGCUCUGCAAUCCUACAAUUGAAAUAAAACCAUAUAAUAGUGCUUGAAA